GACACUACUCAGAUCACAGGAGGUGGUGAGGGCACGUGCGCCUGGGAAGCUGUUUCAUCUUUCAGCAACAAUCUCGUGAAGGCAAAGUUUGCCGAGGACUUUGGCGAGGAAGGCACUUGUGACACGGGGCCACGGGCCCACAAUCCCAACAACUGGCAGGUGAAGGACAAGGCACGCAUGUUGACGCCCAAGCAAGACAGAGGCCACCUAGAUAAAGCUAAGAACAAGAACUCGGGAGGAAGGCCAAGUGUUUCAGAGACCCUGAGGUUCUUGUGCCGGCCAGUCUCCCUGUUGGAGAAUACCUGCUGA